AUCAGGUCCCAGGGACAGUUUGAUCAGAGGACCUUUAGGACAGUGAUGAAGACGCUGCUGCUGCUGAGCCUGUGCCUGGCAGCGAGCCGGGCUCAGGACGACCUGGAGUUUGACGAGUAUGACUUGGACGCCACCAUCUCGCCGGCCGAGAACGGAAGCGGAGUAAACGCUCGUGGUCACCGCCCACUUACGAGGGGCAGGGAUGUGUACACCAGCAACCGAUAUAACCCCCCCCCUAUCAGCGGCGGCGGCAGGUACCGCGGCCGCCCGACGCCGGCGCCCGUGGGACGAGCCCAGCAUCAGGAGAAGGAGCCGCAGCCGGACGCCGGGGGAUGUACCCACGCCGCCGAGGACAUGGGGGUGUUGUGUCCCACUGGCUGCGAGCUGAAGACGACGCUGCUGAAGCAAGAGAGAAACGUCAAGAUGGGCAUCAACGAGCUGAAGCCUCUCGUGGACGAGUUGUCCAGAUCCUCCAACACCAUCUACAACUAUGUCUCCAGCAUGUCCUCGUCCCUGAGGGAGAGACAGAGGGUCGUGAACGACAACAGCCGGGUGGUGGGGGAGUACACGGACCGGGUGGAGGACCAACACGCCUACAUCAAGGAGACGGUGGACACGGUGUUUCCCUCCAACAUCCGAGUCCUGCAGGGCGUCCUCGACAAGGUCCGGCUGAAAAUCCAGAAACUGGAGAAAGCCAUCCAGACCCAGAGGGAGUUGUGUGUAGAGCCCUGCAAGACCAAGUGUCCCAUACCUGUGGUGUCUGGUAAAGAGUGUGAGGACAUCUUCCGUCGUGGAGGACGAGACUCUCAGAUGUACCUGAUCCAGCCCGACGCCUUCUUCCCCCCCUACAAGGUCUUCUGUGACCAGACCACCCAGAGAGGAGGUUGGCUCCUGGUCCAGAGCAGGCUCGACGGCAGCGUCGACUUCGGCCGACGCUGGGACGAGUAUCGCCGCGGAUUCGGAAACACGGCCUUCGAUGUCGGGAAAGGUCACUGCGAGACUCCGGGUGAAUUCUGGCUCGGAAACGACCGCAUCAGUCAGCUGACCAAGACGGGCCCGACGGAGGUCCUCAUCGAGAUGCAGGACUGGACCGGAGACAAGGUCCACGCCCAGUACCGCCAGUUCACCAUCCAAUCAGAGACGUCCAACUACGUGAUGGCAGUUGACGGUUACUCUGGAAACGCCGGCAACUGUUUCCUGGAAGGUUCCCUGCAGCUGUUUGGUGAAAACCGCACAAUGACCAUACACAACGGGAUGAUGUUCAGCACGUACGACAGAGACAACGACAACUGGAUUCCCGGGGAUCCGUCCAAGCAGUGCUCCAGGGAGGACGGAGGCGGGUGGUGGUACAACCGCUGCCACUCGGCCAAUCCCAACGGCCGGUACUACAUCGGUGGAGCCUACACCACAGGAAUGGCCAAGCACGGCACAGACGACGGCAUGGUGUGGAUGAACUGGAAGGGGAGCUGGUAUUCACUGAAGGCCAUCAGCAUGAAGAUCAGGCCGUACUUCGCCUCCAGAUAAACGUGUCGCAGGAAGUCGUCACACGUGACUCGCACAGACGCCAAAGUAAAGAGCCAAUGAGAUCUUGUUUCUACGGUGAUGGACACAUUAGUCCGGAAAGCUUGUACGAAGAAAAUAAAAUGUUACAUUGAGCUAAAAAAAAAACACGGACAAAUGUAGCAAAUGUUAACGAUAUGAAGAGAAUGAUAAAUGUGAUGUGUCAUGUUUGGUGUGAUGUCAUCAGUGAGGACGACUUGUCUGUCCAACGCUACUCAAUAAAAAACUGAGGAACAUA